GCGUCGGCGCCUCGCCCCGACCCUGCCCCUCUCGCCCGCCCGCAACUCCGCCGCCCACCAUGGCUUCCGAGGAGCUGUACGAGGUUGAAAGGAUUGUUGACAAAAGGAAAAACAAAAAAGGGAAGACAGAGUAUUUGGUUCGAUGGAAAGGCUAUGACAGCGAGGAUGACACUUGGGAACCAGAGCAGCAUCUUGUGAACUGUGAGGAAUAUAUUCAUGACUUUAACAGACGCCACACUGAAAAGCAGAAAGAAAGCACAUUAACCAGAACAAAUAGGACCUCUCCAAACAACGCUAGGAAACAGAUUUCCAGAUCUACCAACAGCAACUUUUCUAAGACCUCUCCGAAAUCACUAGUAAUUGGCAAAGACCACGAGUCGAAAAACAGUCAGUUAUUUUCUGCCAGCCAGAAGUUCAGGAAAAACACAGCUCCAUCUCUCUCAAACCGGAAGAAUAUGGACCUAGCAAAAUCAGGUAUAAAGAUACUUGUGCCUAAGAGCCCCAUUAAGAGCAGGACCGCAGUGGACGGCUUUCAGAAUGAGAGCCCUGAGAAACUGGAGCCCGUCGAGCAGGGUCAUGAGGACACGGUGGCACCAGAAGUGGCAGCUGAAAAGCCGGUUGGAGCUUUAUUGGGCCCUGGUGCAGAGCGAGCUAGAAUGGGGAGCAGGCCCCGAAUACACUCACUAGCGCCUCAGGUGUCUGGCCCCGUGACCGCGGCCAUGGCCACAGGACUAGCCGUUAAUGGAAAAGGUACAUCUCCGUUUAUGGAUGCGUUAACAGCCAAUGGAACAACCAACAUACAGACAUCUGUUACAGGAGUGACAGCUGGGAAAAGGAAAUUUAUUGACGAGAGAAGAGACCAGCCUUUUGACAAGCGGUUGCGUUUCAGUGUGAGGCAAACAGAAAGUGCCUACAGAUACAGAGAUAUUGUCGUCAGGAAGCAGGACGGCUUCACCCACAUCUUGUUAUCAACAAAAUCAUCCGAGAAUAACUCACUAAAUCCAGAGGUGAUGAAGGAAGUCCAGAGUGCCCUGAGCACGGCCGCCGCUGACGACAGCAAGCUCGUGCUGCUCAGUGCCGUGGGCAGCGUCUUCUGCUGCGGUCUCGACUUUAUUUACUUUAUACGGCGUUUAACAGAUGACAGAAAAAGAGAAAGCACUAAGAUGGCAGAAGCUAUCAGAAACUUCGUGAAUACUUUCAUUCAGUUUAAGAAGCCUAUUAUUGUAGCAGUAAAUGGCCCAGCCAUUGGACUAGGAGCAUCCAUAUUGCCUCUUUGUGAUGUGGUUUGGGCCAAUGAAAAGGCUUGGUUUCAAACACCCUAUACUACCUUCGGACAGAGUCCAGAUGGCUGUUCCACCGUUAUGUUUCCCAAGAUUAUGGGAGGAGCAUCUGCAAAUGAAAUGCUGCUCAGUGGGCGGAAGCUGACGGCGCAGGAGGCGUGCGGGAAGGGCCUGGUCUCCCAGGUGUUUUGGCCCGGGACCUUCACCCAGGAAGUCAUGGUUCGCAUUAAGGAGCUGGCCUCGUGUAACCCAGUUGUGCUGGAGGAAUCGAAAGCUCUCGUGCGCCGUAACAUGAAGGUGGAGUUGGAGCAGGCCAACGAGAGGGAGUGCGAAGUGCUGAAGAAGAUCUGGGGCUCGGCCCAAGGGAUGGACUCCAUGUUGAAAUACUUGCAGAGGAAAAUUGACGAGUUUUGAUUGGCAGGCUGCCUGCUGAUGACACUGGAAUUGUAUUGAGCAGGACAUCUGUGACUACAAUUUGCCCUAAUUCAUCACCACAGCCUGAAACAAGUUCACUUGUAGCUCACGCUUGGAGGCAGGACUUGAAAUACCCAAGCUAUUUAUUAUCAAGGAGUUUUUAAGUACUGUAACUUUAAAAUAAACAACUACAAAGCUCCUUUGUCCAAACGUCAUUAUUUUAUACGUAAUCUGCACACAGGUAUCAGAGUGCCUGGGGAGCGCUAGACCGCUCUCUGAAGCUCUCAUUUUUGUUAUCUUUGGCUAGUACUGUAUAAAAAAGAAAACAAGUGUGUUUUGCUGGUUUGGGGUGGCAGAAAAGUCUGGAAUAAUGUUUGUUUUCCUUAUUUUUUCUUUCUAGAACACAGAAUCUAAAGAGGUAUUAGCCAGCCUCACUCCCCUGCCCCAGGGAGAGAUAGAGAAAGAUCUGAGAUGUCCCUUUGUCUCCAAGAAGGUACAGAUACCUCAGAGAUGGGACAUUCCUAAUCAAAGGAAGACUUACCUAUUACGAUAAGUGUUUCUGGUGAAAAAUCCACUGAGAAACAUACCUCCAAACUAAAUGUAUGCUUAGGAUUCAUGCUGAGAAACCAGUUGAUUUCUCCCUUGUUUUAAUCUGUCCACUUCUUACCCAGUUAACGUGCAGAAACCACUGUGUGUCUAGAGGAAAUCUUGUUCUGCAGUGUCAGCGAGUCACUGCAGAGCUCAAGUAUGAGUAUCUAAGUUAUAAGGUAGUCUUAGUGGGUUUUAAGGAAUUAGUUUUUCUGACUCUUUUGAAAAAUAACUACAUAAGUGCUUCUUGUUGCUGGGUGAGAAAUAGUACUUUAUAUACAGUUUUGGUUUUCUAUUUGCAGAUAUCAUUGAUGUAUUACACCAAAAAAAAGUAUUUUUAUGUUUAUAAAGUGUAAUUUUUAGGUUCACUUAGAAUAUAUUUUAUUUAAUAAGUUAAAAUUCUUUUGGCACACUAUUAAAUGCAGAAACUCCUUUUGGGGAAGAAAAAAAAAAAAACUACCUUCUAGUCAACAUUUAAUGUUCUCAGUCUCUGCUUUCCUGUCUCCACAAUGUACUGAGUACAGUAUGGUGUCCAAGAGUGCCCGGUGUACAUAGGCGUCGCAUUCCUUUCUGGAGUGGGAACUGACUCCUGAUUACAGAUGCCUAUUAUUAGUUAGGCUUCUGAGCUUGCAAUCAUAUUGAAUGUAUGAAGAAUGAAAUAAAAUCAAAACCUUAUUUUUGUACAGUUUUGAAGUUUAUACUUAGAGCCGACCACCUCCCGGCCGCGUGGAAGCUGUACAGUGUGUAAAGCGGCCUUCACCUUGGAUGGGUCGGUGCGGUAUUUUUGCAUCUGUGGGACCUACUUUUUCGUUCAGUAGUUUGGACUAUAUAUAAACUGUACAAUCUGUAAAGUUUUUAUAGAAUAAAUAUUCAGCUGUGAAAACUGGUUAAAUAAAACUAAUAUUUCUUAACACAUUUG